UACUUGCUUCGGUAAGUGUAAGAAGUACCACUUAUACUAUCUUCCACUUCACCAACAACUAAACUUCCUUCAUAUAAAGCACGUACUUUUUCUUCCUUCGCAUUCGUCGUGAUUCCGUGUCAACAUGAAGGUCUUACUGCUGGUUUGCUUGCUGGGUGUGGUGGCGGCUGAGGAGAGGCUGCUGAAGUACCAUGAGCUGGUGGGGAUUCCCGAGGCAGCCAGGAUCAGGCGACAGGAGUCCAUGCGAGUUGUUGGCAGCGUCGGCUCCUAUAACGGCGAACACCCAUUUAUGGCUGGACUGAUCAUCACCCUCAAUUCUAAAGCGACAUCGGUCUGCGGAGGAAGUCUGCUGAACCACUACCGUGUGCUGACUAGUGGCCGAUGCAUGGACGAUGGCUACUACCAAGCCGAGCGUGUUCUGGUUGUAUUAGGUUCAACAAAACUUUUCUCUGGAGGGACUCGAGUGUACGCCAACACCGCGUAUCUUCAUCCUAACUUCAACGCGUCUACCUUCACUGAUGAUAUAGCGAUGUUGUCUGUACCGUACAUUAGUUACAAUAGAUAUAUAAGUCCAAUUCUACUACCGUAUGGAAUAAGCAACACCUUUCAAGGCUACUCUUCCGAAAUCAUAGGUUACGGAACGACAUCUGAUUCGGCUUCGUUAAACACGGGCCAGAGCCUUCGUGACACGUUCGUGCAGGUGGUCUCCAACAGCUUCUGCAGCCAGAUCUACGGGUCCUCCAUCACUAGCGACAUCAUGUGCACCUCUGGUAUGAACGGCAAAGGCGCGUGUUCCGGAGACUACGGUGGCCCCCUGAUCCUGCGCCGUUACUCGGGAACCGGCAACCAAGACUUGCUGGUAAGUAGUCGAGUGUGUUUUGUUUUAAAGUCUUUACAAUGCGCUGAUUUUAAUAGUUAUCAAGGCCAUAUUAUAGAAGCAUUUGACAUUAACCCUAAAGCGCUAAAGACAUAUCGGUGUGAUAUCCUUUACGGCCGCUGCCGGCUGUCAGUCCGGCUACCCAACAGGCCACACCCGAGUCUCUUCAUACACCAACUGGAUAAAUAG